AUGAUCGUACCACGUCGUGCACCGUUACAUGGUGUCCGUCAGUAUGUGACAGCCACCAUGCCUGUCGCCACGUUGCGACCGGCGCAAUUUGGACCUGGAAGAGCAGCCGCCAUCAGGAGUUUAAUCAGGUCCGAGACCAACUCACAACCCUCUCUCGUCUCUUCGUCAUAUAUCACACCAUUCUCCCCGAAGCUCACAACAUCGAAUCAUACCCUCCUCCGAUCUCUACAUACUUCUCCACAGCGAUAUCAGCAAACGCAGGCCAAAGACGAGCCCAAACAAGAUGUGAAGGAUCCGCCGCGGGACGAACAGCCGAAGCAGGAGGCUGGAGAGGGAGGCGAACAAAAGACGGACGAAACGAAGGAUGAAAAAUCAGGCAAAGAAGAGAAGGACUCGAAGCCUCCACCACCGCCACAUGGUGACAAAACUCCGUGGCAGGUAUUCACCGAGACUCUCCGUAACGAGUUCAAAGCAUCAAAAGAAUGGAACGAAUCUACCAAGCAACUUUCUGGGUCUGUCCAACAAUUUACAGAGUCCGAGGCUGUCCGGAGAGCACGUGAGGCCUCGGAGGCCGCCUCCAAGGGUACCUCUCAGGUACUGAAGAGCACAGGUCGUGCCAUCGGCAAAGGCGCAGCAUGGACCUGGGACACAAAAGUGGUGCAAGGACUGAGACAGGGCGUCAAUGCUACGGGGCGAACGAUUGAAAAGGCCACCCGCCCCGUAAGGGAGACAAAGGCCUUCAAAGAGAUCCAGGAAGCUGUUGAUGAUGGCAGUAGUACGAGAUACGGCGGCUGGAUAGAAAAAGAGGAGCGACGGAAGAGAAGAGAAGCCCUCAGAAUGAAGGAGGAGAAAGAGGGCAAGCGCGCUCCUGCCGAGCCAUUGGUUGAAGAUCCAAAUGCUGGAACAAACAUCACCGUCCACAAAGAUGCAGCUUGGAAAGAAUCCUGGAACAAAUUCAAAGAGAACUCCAAACUGAUGCAAGGAUUGUUCAACAUGAAGACGACCUACGAGGAGUCAGAAAACCCAUUGAUCUCCACGGCUCGGUCAAUCUCGGAUCGCGUUGCAGGUUUCUUCGCAGAGAACGAAACGGCGAUGGUGAUUAAGAAAUUCCGCGAAAUGGACCCGUCAUUCCAGCUGGAACCCUUCCUGCGAGACUUGCGAGAAUACAUUCUCCCCGAAGUCUUGGACGCGUAUGUCAAAGGCGACGUCGAGACUCUAAAGCUCUGGCUGUCAGCAGCCCAAUUCCAGGUUUACUCGGCCCUCAUGGAGCAAUACACCAAAGCAGGGUUGAAAUCGGACGGACGGAUCCUUGAUAUCAGACAUGUCGACAUCUUAAACGCCCGACUUCUGGAGCCCGGCGACAUUCCAGUGUUUAUCAUCACUUGCCGCACUCAGGAAGUGCACGUGUACCGUCAUAAGGAAACCGGCCAACUUGCCGCUGGUAUGGAGGACAAAGUGCAACUAGUCACAUACGCCAUCGGCAUGACCCGACUACCGGAGGAAGUCAACAAUCCUGAGACCCGUGGAUGGAGAAUGAUCGAACUGCAAAAGGCAGCUCGCGAUUACAUCUGA